UUCUGUGGUGUUGUUUACAAAUGUUGGAGUAACAGUAUUUCACUAUUUUAGUUCAAAUAAAUUUGAAUGUAAAUAAUAUUAUAGUAUUAGAAAAUGAAGGAUUCCAAAUCAGCUCAAACCAAAAUAGAGGAUCUGAACGAGUUGCGUAGCUAUUUCUCAAGUCACAACGUAGUGCGGGAAUACAUUUCACACAGUUCAAAAGUUCAUUCAGUGGGCUGGUCGUGCGAUGGCCGGCGACUUGCUUCGGGAUCUUUCGACAAAAGCGUUGCUAUAUUCAACUUGGAGAGGAGUAGAUUGGUACAAGAUUUUGUAUUCCGAGGUCACACUGGGUCUGUGGAUCAGCUGUGUUGGCACGCUUCUCACCCAGACCUCUUGAGCACGGCCAGUGGAGAUAAAUCUGUGCGGAUAUGGGAUACCAGAUCUCGGAAAUGUGCGGCCACGAUCACAACGAAGGGCGAGAACAUAAACAUCGCGUGGUCGCCCAGCGGCGCCACCAUCGCCGUGGGCAACAAAGAGGACCUGGUCUCAUUCAUUGACGCGCGCAAUUUUAAAGUUGUGACAGAGGAGCAGUUCAAUUUCGAAGUGAACGAGAUCUCGUGGAACAACACCUCGGACCUGUUCUUCUUGACAAAUGGGCUGGGAUGUGUGCACAUACUUUCUUAUCCAACGUUGGAGCUGCAGACGGUACUGAAAGCGCACCCCGGCACCUGCAUAUGUAUCGAGCACGACCCCACGGGCCGUUACUUCGCCACGGGGUCGGCGGACGCGCUCGUGUCGCUGUGGGACGUCAACGAGUUGGCUUGUCUGAGGGUAUUCUCAAGGUUGGAGUGGCCCGUUCGCACGUUGUCCUUCAGUUUCGACGGUCGCCUGCUGGCGUCGGCCAGCGAGGACCACAUCAUCGAUAUAGGGGACACAGAGACAGGCGAGAAGGUGGCAGAGAUUCCGGUAUCAGCGGCGACUUUCACGGUGGCGUGGCACCCGGCGCGGUACCUGCUGGCCUUCGCGUGCGAGGACAAGGAGCCGCCCGAACGCAAGCGGGAUGCCGGCAACCUCAAGCUGUGGGGCCUCAGCAACAACUAGCGCUAGCACUACUACAAUAUACACUACCACAUA